UUUCUAUACUCCAGCUUUUGUAUAAAAACUUGAAAUGUCAGUUUUUUCAACAGAGAAACUGCCCUCUUCAUUUAAAAAUGAAGUAGAAAAUAUUUCCUCAAAUACCAUUACCAUUAGAAGCAAUGUUCUAAAUUUAGACGAUUGCAACAAGUGGGUAAAGGAAUUUGGGGAACUUACCAAAACGAAAUGGAAUUCCAGAACUUCCAAACCUCAUGGACAAAGAUUUGUUUGCAGGAAAUUAUUUGUUUGUCACCACAGUGCGUUUAUGAAAGUUCCGCAGGAGAAAUGUAAAAGGAGUUUUUCAAAAAAUUCUGAUUGUCAAGCAACAAUAUCUAUAAAAGUGAAGUUGAACAAAAAAUCAACAAGGAAAUCAGAUUCCUUUAUAAAAAAAGGACUGGUUGCAGUCAUCACACUCAAUGAUCUACAUAAUCACAGCUUAAAUACAGCAGAGGCAUUAAACUUUCUUCCCUCUAUAGACUCAAAAGAAAAGUUCAUGGAAUAUUUCAAUGAUGGUUUGGGUAUUAUUCAAUCCUGUAAAUAUCAUGAAGGUAUUUUGCAGUUGAAAGAUGAAUUUACAGAAGAAGACAUGGCUAAUAGCCGAAUUAACCCUUCGUAUAGAACUGUUCAGUAUUGGUAUGAUCAAUGGCGACUUCUGAAUCUUGGUCCAAGAACCGGUCAAGGUGUAAUUGAAAAAUUAAAGGAUAAGUCGAAAGCAUAUGAAGAAAACGGAAUUACCGUUCGUUUAAAUGAAGAACCGUUUGCCGUAGCAAUUGUUACACCCAUUAUGAAAAGAGCACAUGGAUUAAAAUCUUCAAGUGAGAUAGUUUUUGUUGAUUCAACAUCUUCUUGUGAUCCUGAUAAUCACAGUAUUACAUUUAUGUUAUGUCCCUGUUCUGCUGGGGCUGUUCCACUUGCUGUUAUUAUAACAAAAGGACAAACAGAGGAAGCAUAUAAAACAGGUUUUCACCUCUUACAUGCAGCAUUAGAAAAGCCAUUUUAUGGAGUAGGAUACCCAUCAAUAUUUAUGACAGAUGAUUCUGAAGCAGAAAUCAAAGCUUUAAGACAUGUAUGGCCUCUAUUACGUAAUUUAUUAUGCAUCUUUCACGUUGCACAAGCUGUGUGGAGAUGGCUUUGGGACUCUAAACAUGAAAUUCCCAAAGAGCAUAGAAAUAUUUUGAUGAUGUUUUUUCAACACAUAUUGUAUGCUAAGACAUUUAAUGAAGCAGAAGAAGCGUAUAUAAACUCUUGCGGUUACAUUGGAUCUUACCUUCCAACUUAUGAAAAUUGGAACCAAUAUGUAAGAAAUUGGUGGAAAACUAAAGAAAUGUGGUGUUUGGCUUUCAGAAAUGAGAAUGUGAGGGGCCACAACACUAAUAAUUUUUCAGAAGUAUGUAUUCGUAUUUUUAAGGAUGAGGUCCUUUGUAGAGUGAAGGCGUACAAUGUUUUAACAAUUUUAGAUUUUAUUUCAACCCACUUAGAGAUGCAUUAUGUUAAAAAAUUUAGAGAUUUUGCAAAUAACCGCUCUGCAACCAGCAGAUUGUUUCUUCUUUCUUUAAAGAAGAAAGCACUUUCUAUAACUAAAAAUGACAUUGAAAUGCAUGAUACUCAUACCUUUUCCGUUAAGAGUGGCAUAGAUACAUAUUUUGUUAAUGUAAAAGCUGGUUGUUGUUCAUGUUCUGUGGGACUGUAUGGUCGCUUUUGUAAACAUCAGUAUUCAGUAUUUCAUCACUAUGAUAUAGUGUCAAGAAAUUUUCCCCCUGUUUUAGCAGAAGAUAGGCACGAAAUAUCUAUACUAGCCUUAGGAGAUAAAGCACCCCCAAAAGAAUUCUUUGAGCCACUGGUUUCAAAAGCUCCUAUUAUACAAACGAAGCAAGAUAUAGUUACAGAGGAAGAAAUUUUAAUUAAUGAUUGUGAAGAGGGAGAAACUCAAACUUAUGAAGAAAAACGCCAAGACUUGAUUAAAGAGAUUUUUAAAGAAAUCACAAAAAAGGAUGAAAUUUAUAAAUCAUCUUUAAAUGGACUAAAUGCAUUCCUUAAACGCAUGAAAAGUAUCAAAUCCACCGGUAAUUGGGAGACAUUUUUACAUACUGCUGGCAAUUGCUUGCAUUUUAGACGAAGGAGUGGCGCAGCUAUUCGCGUGCAGCCAACAUCAAUAGCAAGACGUUCUGCUCAAAUUACUAGGGGCAGUAAACGUCUGCCAGGUGGAAGAUCAGCUUCUGUUCCACCAAAAAAAAGGAGAAAGCAUUCCUUAUCGCAUAACAUUCGGUUAAACCAACCAAAUGCAAAGCGACACUAAAUAAAAAACAAUAUAAAAUUUUUUUGUAAAA